AAGAAACACUUCUAAUAAUGCGAAGUGAAUUAAAAAAACACCGAGAAUCAUAAAUUGAUUACUUUGGACUUUCGCAAGCAUCAUAGGCGACUGCUCAGGCCGUGUCACGUGUUCCAUUAUGAAAAAUGGCCGACGGAGUAAGUGAAACAAACACAGCUGCUGAGGAAAGCGACGCCAAAGAAGAGGACCCCAAAGUUUUGGAAGUUCUUCCAGACAGCCACCCUGUUGGUGUUAGCAGCAAUGAGGAGACUUCAAAAGACAAACCGGCGACCGAGAGCAACUGGUCAACACCGAUCCUGUCGCUGGCACGGAAGGCAACCGAGACGAUCAGCAGUGGAGUCAGCUACGGUGCAGCGUUGAGAAACGCCACAUCUUCGGGAUCUGCCGCGAGCUCUCUGAAGUGUCCGACUAAACAAAACUCUACGGAAAAUGACACCAACGCUAACCAAUACCUACCGGCAGUGAAGGACCAUAUGGCUGUAGAGCGCUCAAACCUGUUCAGUAUGAUGAAGCUGAGUAUUAAGGGUCUGAUCCAGUCUUCUCUAAGUCUGGGCAGAACCCUGGACUCUGACUACCCUCCUCUGCAGCAGUUCUUUGUGGUUCUGGAGCAGUGCCUCAAACACGGACUGAAAGUAAAGAAGUCAUUCAUCAAUCAGAAUAAGUCUAUCUGGGGCCCUCUGGAGCUGGUUCAGAAGCUGUGUCCUGAUUCUACUGAUAUUACCACCAGUGCCAGAGACCUGCCAGGGAUAAAGACUGGGUUGGGUCGGGCUCGGGCCUGGCUGCAUCUUGCCCUGAUGCAGAAGAAGUUGUCUGACUACCUGAAAGCCCUGCUGGACCAUAAAUACCUCCUGGUUGAGUUCUAUGAUCCAGGAGCGUUGAUGAUGGGGGAGGAGGGGACAGUGAUAGGAGGGAUGCUGGUGGGGCUAAACGUCAUUGAUGCUAACCUCUGUAUCAAAGGAGAGGACCUGGACUCCCAGGUCGGGGUCAUAGACUUCUCCUUGUACCUGAAGGACCCUAUGACCACUGAGACCACUAAGGAUGAUACUAAGAUGACGGCCAUAUUGGACCAGAAGCACUACAUUGAGGAGCUGAACAGACACCUGAGCUGCUCUGUCUCUGACCUGCAGGCCAAGAUGAACUCCAUAGAGAAGACCAACGGCAAGCUCAUUGAGGAGUUGACAGCAGCGACAGACAGAAUUAACUCUUUACGGGAGGAACAGGAAACACUGAGACAUGAGAAUGAGACCAUCGUCCAGAGCAACCAGAAGAAAGAGGAGGUGACCCUGGAGGACAGUGCAGUAGAGCUGGAGACAUACAGACAGACACGACAGGGCCUGGAUGAGAUGUACAGUGUGGUCUGGAAACAGUACCAGGAGGAGAAACGCAUCAGACAGGAGUUGGAGAGGGAGCUGGAGCUGCAGAUAGGACUAAAGCAGGAGAUGGAGAUGGCCAUGAGGCUGCUGGAGAAAGACACACAUGAGAAACAGGACACACUGCAAGCCCUCCGACAACAACUAGACCAGGUCAAAACCCUCAACCUGCAGAUGUUCCAUAAGACACAGGACUGUGAGCGUGAGGCCCAGAGGAAGCAGGAGGAAGAGGGACAGCUGGAGGAGAAGAUAAACCAGAUGAAGACCACCAUUAAGGAGAUGGAGCAGAGACUGCAGAACUCUGAGUGUGAUCGCAGACAAAGUGACCAGAUGGACAUGAGGACAGAGCUGGAGGGCAGGGUAGACUCUCUACAGAAACAACUGUCUGACCUGGACACACUGAGGCUGGGUCUGGAGAGUGAUCUGUGCAGUGAGAAGGAGCAGAGACAGGCCAUUCAGAGAGCUCUACAGAUAGAACAGGACAACAGCACCGAGCUACGCACCCAACUACAGCAGAUACAGGGGCUACACACGGAGCUGCAGGAUGUUCGUCAGGAGAAGCAGCAGCUCCAGCAGACCUGUCAGGAGCAGGAGACGGCCUUACAGGAGAUGGGCCUACACCUCAGCCAGUCUAAACUGAAGAUGGAGGACUUCAAAGAGGUCAACAAAGCCCUGAAGGGCCAAGCCUGGCUGAAAGAUGAUGAGGCUACACAGUGUAAACAAUGUCAGAAGGAGUUCUCCAUCGCUCGCAGAAAGCACCACUGUAGGAACUGUGGAGAUAUCUACUGUAACAGUUGUUCUACUAACGAGUUGGCCCUGCCCUCCUACCCUCGACCUGUACGAGUCUGUGACAUCUGCCACUCACUACUGCUGCAGAGGAGCAUCUCUUCCUCCUGACGGAACACACACACACACUUCUUCCUCCUGAUGGAACACACACACCUCUUCUUCCUCCUGACGGUACACAUAUUCUCACACGCUUCACUAAUCUUUCUUCCCUCACUGUGCUCAAAGCCCAGAGAACAUUUUAAUCAAAUUUGAGCAGGGAGGCUGUUAAGUUCUGUUUUGCCACUAACCUGAAAUUCAGGAUGUUUGGGCAUGGUUGACUGUUGAACCCUCUGCUUUAUUUUGGGCUAAUACUGCCUUUUCUCAUCUUUUAAACUCCCCUGGGUGGAUUUCAAAGUAAGGUCGAUAAAUAGUUAGCCAGCUAAUUGUCAUGUUACUAUCACCAUAUUCCUCUAGGAUGCGGAAUUUAAAAUUAUAGUUGUGGGGGUGUAAGUAUGGAACAUGUCAGUAUUUGUAUUAUGAAUGACCCAGAAUGCAACAAUUGUGGGAAAAUGUUAGAUGAACUGACCUUCAAUAAUUUCAUUGUUGAUUCACUUAGACCUUUUCAAAACUCUUGCUUUAAAUGGCUGAGGCGAUUUAUAGUUUCACAUGAUUCUUUCACUUCCAUUGAAGCAAAGGAACCAAGUUCAUUUCUGUUCAUUUCCUCAACCUGCCUUGCUGAACAAUUGUGGAUUUGUUAAGCUUUGUUGUAAAUGACUACAGAAUGUUAACACAUACCAAGAAAGGUCUAUUUUAGAAUGUAAAUAACGAUCAUUUUGUGACUAGUGCUACUAAACAGCCAAUUUCAGCCCAACAUGUUUUCUAUAUAGAUAUCUAAUUUAAUAAAACGUAUCUGAAUGUGUUUGACUGUCUAAGGAACCACUCAUGUCAAACAGGACAAAGACAUUCAUCGAUCUUAAUUGUGUAUUUCUUGUAAGGUGGACAAGUGUAAAUAAAGAAAAUUCCACAUA